CGCGGCUAGGGCGGCCUCUCUGGGCGCCUUUCUUCCGGGAUGGGCGAGAGGCUGUCGCGAUGAUGGCGGACGAGGACGGGAGCGCCGAGCCGGAGCCCUGCGCCCCUCAGCCGGAGGCGGGACCGGAGGCCGCCGGGGACAGCGAGCUGGAGUUCGGGAUCCCGCUCGACUCCAACGGCUACGUGCUGUACAGGGACAGAAAAGAAUGGGCUGAUAUUGAACCGGUACCUCAAGAUGAUGGGCCGAACCCUGUGGUUCAGAUUAUAUACAGUGAGAAGUUUAGAGACGUGUAUGACUAUUUCCGAGCGGUCCUGCAACGCGAUGAAAGGAGCGAAAGAGCUUUCAAGCUGACGGGGGAUGCCAUUGAGCUCAAUGCGGCAAAUUACACUGUAUGGCAUUUCCGUAGGGCCCUUCUGCAGUCCUUGAAGAGAGACCUGCAUGAGGAACUCAGUUACAUCACAGCGAUCAUUGAAGAUCAGCCGAAGAAUUACCAAGUCUGGCACCACAGACGAGUGUUAGUGGAGUGGCUGAAGGAUCCGUCCCGGGAGCUUGAAUUCAUAGCUGACAUUCUUAACCAAGAUGCCAAGAACUACCACGCUUGGCAACACAGGCAGUGGGUCAUUCAGGAAUUUAAACUGUGGGAUGAGGAACUGGACUAUGUCGAACAGCUUCUGAAAGAAGACGUCCGAAACAACUCGGUGUGGAACCAGAGACACUUCAUCAUUUCGAACACAACUGGCUAUGAUGACUCUGCAGUUCUGGAAAGAGAAGUCCAGUAUACCCUAGAGAUGAUCAAGUUGGUCCCUCACAAUGAGAGUGCUUGGAACUACCUGAAAGGGAUUCUGCAGGAUCGUGGUUUUUCAAAAUACCCCAGUCUCCUAGAGCAGCUCUUGGAGUUGCAGCCAAGCCACAGUUCUCCCUACCUGAUUGCCUUCUUGGUGGACAUCUAUGAAGACAUGCUAGAGAACCAGUGUGAAAACAAAGAAGAAACUCUCAGCAAAGCAUUAGAGUUGUGUGAAAUCCUGGCUAAGGAAAAAGACAUCAUACGAAAGGAAUACUGGAAAUACAUAGGAAGAUCCUUGAAGAGUAAACACAGCCCAAAUGUGGAACAGGAUGUGCCAACUGAAACUGAUCAGCAGUAACUUCAAGUAAAAUGGGGUGCGGGGGGGGGGGGAGCAUUGAGCUCUGUGGUGUAUUAAGCUAGGAGAACAGGGGAACUAGGCAGAUGAAUUUAACUGAUGUUGUUUACCCUCUUCCCAAAUAUGAUGUAGUCAUUCAUUACUGCAGAGGUAUUGCUUCUAACCACACCAAGAGCGGUAUUCUGCAUAACAAACUGACCCUGGUUACUGCUGCUAUACACAUUGGCUAUGGGGUGGUCCAAAGCACUGUGUGUGUGUUUUUUAAACGUAGAAAUUACUUGAAUUGUACCAAAUAAAGGAAUUGUUUCUGAACAGUAUAUAUGAAGAAUGCUGUAAUAGCUGUUUUCAUGCCAGAAAUCUGUCUUUUCCAUACAUCGGACCACUGUUCUCAUCGGAGCAAGUGCUUGUAAAAUACCAAAUGUAUUUGAAUGGGAUUACAGGAAUCUUUGUGUAUAGAGUAACUUAAUUUUAAACACCAUAAGGAGAAAAAGCAGUUGUAUGUUGGAGCAGCUAUGCAACACUGUGUUGUUAUUGUAACCAACUAAUACUAUCAAUAAUUUGUAAUAAAAGUAUAGAUGCUUGUUCAGA